AUGGGGGUUGAACUUUCAAGCUUUUUGCAUUUUAGAUAAGUUCUGUUUCGUUCUUUUUUUACAUACGACAAAGAAGAAAAGAAAACUUGCCUGACACUUCACACAAGAUAAGAAAUCCAAAGAGAUAAGAAUCAAUUUAAAAGUGAAACCCAUCUUGGGACUGGUGGUGAAGUUGACUUUGGUUUUUCUCUUCCUAUUUAUUUACUCUUCUCUUCUCAAUUGAAUUUCGGUCAUCACAAACUCAAAAGGCAUGGAACCACAAGUCCGUCUUCGUCAAAUCAUCUUCUUCUUCCUCCUCGUCUUGACAGUUCUUGAACAUUCUUCUUCUGCUCGGAUUCUGAGUAUCUCUAAACCUGAUAGGCAUGACAUCGCCGCAAGUGCUCGUUGGCUUGUCUCUCAGAACUCUUGGGGUGUCCUCAGCACAUUGUCCAUUGAGCAUGAAGGCGCACCGUUCGGGAACGUUGUAUCAUAUAGUGAUGGUUUGCCCGAGAAAGGCAACGGUAUACCUUACUUUUACUUGACGAUUCUUGAUCCAACCACAAGAAACGCAUUAAAGGACUCAAGAGCUUCAUUCGCAAUUAGUGAAUCUCCCAUUGGAACUUGUAAGAGAGAUCCAAUGGACCCUACUUGCUCUAAACUAACCCUCACCGGAAAGUUGUUGCAAGUGGAUGAAGGAUCUAAGGAAGAAGAAGUAGCUAAAGAAGCUCUUUUCACUAAGCAUCCAGAGAUGAUGGAUUGGCCUAAGGAACAUGAUUUUCGCUUCUUCAAACUUGAGAUCAUCAAUAUCUUUCUGAUCAAUUGGUAUGGUGGAGCUAAAUCUAUCACUGUAGAUGAAUACCUUCGUUACAAGGCGAUCAAAGUCGCUUCUUCCUUUUUAUGAAAAUAAUAUCUCAUCGGAGUUGAGCAAACGGUGAAGCAUGUAACUUGUAUAUUGGCAACACAAUAAAAAAAAAAAGUGUGUGUUCAAUUGUAAAUGACUGUUGUUUAUAGCCCUUUCAAUGGUUUUUCUUUGAACAUAAUAGUAAAAAAAAAUAUUCAUAAAUUACCACAAACCAAAUUCAAAGUACACAGUUUACAAGUAUUUGGCUGUGGAUAAAAUUUACAAGUGUGCGUUGUUUGAUUCAUUAUUUUUUAUUUUUGAAUGGUUAUAACAUUUAGUCAAACAGCUUCUACUUUUAACUGAUGUUUGAUCUCCUGUUU